AUGCUGAGAAAUCGCUACAACGACAUCGUCAUGGAGGAGCUUGAUGGAACUCCAUUUCGGACAUUAGCUGUCAUGCGCGUGCCCAUCGAUUCGGUACCCGAUGUGGGCUUCGAGCGUGAGUUCUCGUUUCAGUUUGGCUCCUUGCAACACUCGGCCGUGUUGCAUGCUGAGCGCGAACACGGUGGCUUUGUCGGAUGUGCUGUCAACAUCCCUAAGGCCGACUACUUGCCCCGAGGGUGUGUUGGGGCAGAGAUUCUCUCGGUAGCGCAGCAGGAGAACAACGUGGUCAAGGUGACGCUGCGCGGCAUAGGGAUGCUGCGCAUCAUUGAUCGCGUGUGUGGGCCUGAUGACAAUGGUUGUGUUCUUCCCAUUGUACAGGAAGUGCUGGAAUGCGGCGAUCUAGAGGACCAGCAGGGCUCAGAAGCGCUGCUGCGGGAGAUAAAACUCGUGGAGGACCUGUUUGUAACUUGCGGCGGGCUCCAGAGAUCCACGGGCAUCUGGGCAGCUGGAGACCUUGCCUCCAAGACAGUCGCUGACAUGACGGUGGUCUCAAUGCAGACAGUGGCUGAUGUGCAGUUGUCCGGCGUGGGCUCCGAAGAGCAGCGCUGGCCUGUGUUGGCUAGCCAUGCUGCCGUGUCGAAAUUUUGUGCCGCGAAGCGGUCGGAGUUUCUGUGCGAUCCAACCUCGACAUUGCGGCGGAUCCGUUCACUUAGCAGUUUUUUGAAGUUGAUGGAGCGCGUCCUGACGCAGAAGCUACUUGCAAAGAAGGCGUAA